CACGGUUGUUUGUACUUCGUCAGAUAUGUACGUUCGUGAGCGGGAAAGCAGUGGGCAAGGAGGUGCUAAUCAUCAUCAACCACGAGGAGCAACAGGGGAGCCGCGCUUUUUGGUCGAUCUUCAAACUGGCCCAAAGGAAUUGUCGCACCUGGCGUCGCACUUGCUCGUUCGAGAUAUGAACGACCGCGGAGUAACGUGCCCCCAGAUAACUAGUGAAGUAACCGCAACAGGGAAGGCAGCAGUUGACCUGCGAACGACCCGGGUCCCCACGGGCAACUUCGUUUAUGACAAAGUGAGUAGUAACCUUUUAUGUUCAACGUGCCUGAAAUUGUGUAAUUAUGGGCUCUUGAGUUAAAAUUUCUACUGCUCGGAGUGCAACAGCGAUAGCAGUCUCCUUUGUUUCUUUUCGUAAAAUUCUCGGGAAAGUCUUCUAAUAGCCAACGAAUUCAUAUGGAUGGCUCAUGUCACCUUGUGCAGUCGGCGAAGCAUACCGGACCCACCAAUACGGGGUGUUCGUUCCUAUCGAGUUUGUCUCUCGUAAGGAACUUCUAGAAGCGCAGGAAAAUCCAUUUCGAGACCUACACGGAGAAUCUAGUAGUCCAUCGAAGGUCUUUCCGGAAAAGCGAUCGCGUCCGAAUUUCAACCAAGAGAAGCGAGCUGAAAAGGCUCUAGAGUCUGUUCUUACAAACAGAUACUCCAUUCCAGACUGGUCCACUGGUACAUACUUCCCCUACCCAUGGAGCGUGGCCAUCGCAGACAGGGCGGACGCAGAGUCAGACGAAAAUAUCUCGCAGCGCAGUAAUUAUGGUUGCCAGACGACUAGAGAGAUCAAGACUACACUAGUCGGAGCUGUUUACGAUCAAGAUCUUUGCGCGGCUUAUUCUAUUUAUUUCAUUCCUCCCCCCCCGCGGGUCUUGUCAGUAUCUAGUAUGAUUUUUGAAGCCUUCACCCAUCUUGCUUUUAGCAAUGUGUUUUGUGUGUUCUGAGGUGGUUCUAAUUUUCCAAAGAGCCGCAUGGCGAACGCGAAAACGAUUCUGCCGAAGAUGAACAAGAUUUAGACUCCUCUUACGACGAGGAUGAAGAGCAGCGCAACAGCUCUGCAAGCAAUUCUGACGAUGAGCCGAGCCGUGGAGGGGGUGUGCAUGAAGUUCAAGAAUCUCUUCUCGGAGUUGUGUCUGCAUCCUCGUCUUCUGUUUCUGGUGAUACCAGUAAAAAGCCUCGCUUCAGAAACAAGUGGGCGGGCGGGAAAGGAAAAGGAGCAGAGCUCUCACCUAUAAAGGAAGAGGUGGAGCAAGUUGGUGAACAAGAUGAACACGAUCGAACUACAAGUAGCGCAAAGAAGCACGAAAAAGAUGAUGACGGCACUACAUCUGACGACGAUGUACUUGCGCAGGGCUUAAAACAUUGGGAGGCGCUUAAGACUAAGGACCACGUUGGUUGUCAUGAACAGGAUAAGCGCGAAUUUAUCAAGGGGUUCAAGGUUUAUCUGCAGAUGGCUGCGGUCAGCGAUUCGGCCAGUAGUGUGAAAAUGUUAGAUGCCGCACUUCGCAAGUACGAUCCUAUUCGGGAAGACCUUCGUGAGGCAAGAAGCGAGUUAAGGACUUCCGAAGGAACUAAGUUCCGCAUUGCCAUACUUAGGCGCCUUUUCUACAACUUGAAAAAGGCGCUGGGCAUGCUCUGUGGUGGAGUUUAAUUCUGCAAGACCCUCUAAAAGAAGCAGUGGAAAGAGAAGCCUACCAGCCUUUCUACCUCAAACAUGAGAAGCCUCUGUGCAUCCUCCACGAUUCGCUGAAAAAGUUUAAGGCUGUUGAAGCUCUCUCUAAUAGGAUUGCUAGUUUUUAUCAUAGUAUGCAGGUGCUAUUAUACUGAUAUUAGUCAUCCAUGAUGCAGCUUCUUGUGCUUCUAACUGAUUACCUGCAGCUGAGUUUCAGUUUCUAUAUGCUCUUAUUUGUUGGUCGUGUUGGAUUCUCCUCUAUGUACUAGAGUGCGGCACGGCGCCACUCAUCUUCUAAAGGCCUGACGAAGUCCAUCCGAGCCAAACGGGAAAGAAAGGCGAAGCAGGAGGCUGCCGUCCAGGAGAAAGCAGCUGCGUCAACUGCAGCAGCAGACAGAGCUGCUCUUGAUCUAACAAAACCUCCAGACACCACAGGAUCCACGUGUGCAAAUGAUAAGAACGAAGGCAGCGCAAGUAGUCACUUGCGAUGCUCAGGAGCGUCGCCACCGGCGAAAAUGAAGCGGAUGCAAACUAAAGUAAUGAAGAAGGACUCGUCUGCUACUACAUCAAUGAAACAGAAGUCAUCAACAGCAGCUGCAGCUUCAGCAUCGACAUCCAUGAAAAAGCCGGCUUCACUAGCGUCGAAGACUCCUGGGUCAGCGAUGAAAAAACUAUCAUCAGCGAUGAAGAAACCGAAGGCCAAGUCGGCCUCGGCAAUGAAGACGACGAAAAAGAAAUAG